CUGGUUACAUUUAAGGGGCAGACCGAGAGAAAGCAAAAGCUUUGGUCAUAGCCAAACUCCGAUAUCUUCAAUAUAGAGACACAAGAACACAACCAAUAAACAAUCCAAAAUAUAAAAAAGGGUUCCCUUCAAUCUCAUCUCACAUUUGCUCCCCAAACUAUAAACCCUAAUCCCAAAUUUCCACAAAACUCAAAAUUUCCGGAUUCUAUUCUUCUAAUGGAAGUCGCUUCUCACCCUGCUCAUUCUAUACUCUGUUACAAGCAAUCCAGGUUGCCAUCAACGUCGUCUUUGUUGCCGUUUAUUCAUAAUGCAGCUGUUCACUCACAAGGGACUAACUAUUGGGUGCUCUCCGCGCAGACGUCCCAUUUUGGGAAAGCUUAGUAAUUCUGCUUGUCAUAGCGUUUUAUGCAUUCCAAGGAAGCCGGUUGGGAUAUCAUGGUGUGACGUUGAUGCCAAAGAGGAGUUUGUCAGACCUUAUAAUGAUGUCAGAUUGCAUAACCAGCAUAAAUUGUCCAGGCAUACAGUUGUACAUUGUGGACUUGUUGAAACUGGAACCCCUGAUGAAGCCUUACCAGAAGUAAAUAUGGUCUCAAAAGUUAGGGGGCUGUGCUUUUAUGCCAUUACUGCCUUUAAUGCCAUUUAUCUCUUUGCACUGAUGGUAGUAGCGCAUCCUUUUGUCCUGUUGUUGGAUCGAUAUAGAAGACGAGCUCAAUUUUUUAUUGCCAAAGUUUGGGCCACUUUUGCUGUUACUCUGUUUCUCAAUAUCAAGUUUGAGGGACUGGAGAAUUUGCCUCCUCCAGAUGUUCCUGCUGUAUAUGUUUCUAACCACCAGAGCUUUUUAGACAUAUAUGUUCUUCUCACUAUUGGGAGACCCUAUAAGUUUAUUAGCAAGACUAGCAUAUUCCUCAUUCCCAUUAUUGGGUGGGCCAUGUUUCUACUAGGCGUGAUUCCUUUAAAGCGCAUGGACAGCAAAAGCCAAUUGGAAUGUCUUAAACGUUGCAUAUAUCUUCUCAAGAAGGGGUCCUCUGUCUUUUUCUUCCCUGAGGGAACACGCAGUAAAGAUGGAAAAUUAGGGGAUUUCAAGAAAGGUGCCUUCAGUCUUGCAGCAAAGACGAAUGUGCCAGUGGUGCCUAUUACUCUUAUAGGAACUGGGAAAAUCAUGCCUGUGGGAAAGGAGGGUAUCUUGAACACUGGACCUGUUAAAGUUGUUAUACAUAAACCUAUAGAAGGAACUGAUACAGAAACACUGUGCAGAGAAAGUAGAAACAUAAUUGCAGAAGCACUCAAUUGUCAAGGCUGAGAUUUCUUCUGCCACUUGUCUGUUUGGUUCAUAUGGUUCUAGACUCGUUCCUUUGCUGUGAAUGGAAGUAACAUAAUCCAAAAGAGAAAGCAAAUAAAAUUUGCAGCAGAGUUUAAAUCUGUGGGUUGCAGCUGUUCAAUGACUUCAAUCCCACAUUACAAACAAUCGCCAGCUAGAAGAAAAUGUCUUCACCCGAAGGGCCAAUUAGAAGCCAACUCUGGGCCGGCCCCAAGUCCAAACCUGGUGGCCUCAAUUUGUUGUCAACAUUUUCAUUCUUGUUUCUAACGCAUUG